UAAGUGAUGAUCUGCCUGCUCUCACACAUGGAGCUGCUGCUCUCUGAUCGCUGUUCCCGCGCUCUGUUAAUCAUUCUCCCACAUGCUCCUUCCAGCACGCACCUCUCUGCUUCUGCUCCAUUCAAUCUCUCUCGCGUCUAAGGAACAGUUAUUUGAACUUCUUACUGGAGAGAUGAGAGGGUUGUUUGUGUCUGAGAGUAACAGCAGCAGCAGAUGUUUGAAGAUAAUUGCCUUUCUUGAAGGGUGAGGAAUUGUUUCAUUCUCUUUUAAGCGUGCCUAUGUUGUCCUCCAGAAGCGUAACUGUUGAGAUUCUAACGCAGAUGGAGAAAUAACAACGUGGGAAAAGAAGACAGGGAAUUUAAAAGGAGACAUUAUGAACAGCACGGAGCACCAUGGGUUGAUCCAUGGCUACCAUAACAGGAGCCAAACCUCAGGCAUUGUGCCGCUGAACAAAGACUCCUCAGCCAAGGACAAGGACUCAUCUGCAGGAUGCUACGAACAGCUGCUGAUUUCCACAGAGGUGUUCCUGACUCUGGGCAUCGUCAGCCUGCUGGAGAACAUUCUGGUUGUAACCGCCAUAAUCAAAAACAAGAACCUUCACUCGCCUAUGUACUUCUUUAUUUGUAGCCUGGCAGUGGCCGACAUGCUGGUCAGCGUCUCUAACGCCUCGGAGACGAUCGUCAUAGCGCUCAUCAACGGAGGCAGCCUCACCAUCCCCGUUACGUUGAUCAAAAACAUGGACAAUGUGUUUGACUCUUUGAUCUGCAGCUCUCUGUUGGCGUCUAUCUGCAGCUUGCUCGCCAUCGCCGUUGACCGCUACAUCACCAUCUUCUACGCUCUCCGCUACCAUAACAUCGUGACCCUGCGGAGAGCCAUGCUGGUGAUCAGCAGCAUCUGGACGUGCUGCACGGUGUCCGGCAUCCUCUUCAUCAUCUACUCAGAGAGCACCACGGUCCUCAUCUGCCUCAUCACCAUGUUCUUCACCAUGCUGGUGCUCAUGGCCUCGCUGUACGUCCACAUGUUCCUGCUGGCGCGCCUGCACAUGAAACGCAUCGCAGCGCUGCCGGGCAACGCGCCCAUCCACCAGCGAGCCAACAUGAAGGGCGCCAUCACCCUCACCAUCCUCCUCGGGGUGUUCGUGGUGUGCUGGGCGCCCUUUUUCCUUCACCUCAUCCUCAUGAUCACCUGCCCCAGGAACCCCUACUGCACCUGCUUCAUGUCCCACUUCAACAUGUACCUCAUCCUCAUCAUGUGCAACUCCGUCAUCGACCCCAUCAUCUACGCCUUUCGCAGCCAAGAGAUGAGGAAAACCUUCAAAGAGAUUUUCUGCUGCUCACACGCCCUCCUGUUUGUGUGAGCAGCCUGUUGGCGAUCUGCGACCCUGACAGAUUCAAUCAGCCAUUUUAAUGAAAACUGAUCCGACAAGGACUUUGAGACUCUGAGCUGUAAUCACUGUGGACUGGCUCUGUUGUGCCUCGGCUGUAAAUGAUUGAUAACUUUGGUUACGUGAGUCAGGUUGCUUAAGAGGUAGGCUUACAAACACCUUGUAAUAUAGAUUAUCACUCUGAAGAGAUAUUUUGUGUCGUGGUAAACGCCGUGCUAAAGUGCCAUUUUGAAGUAAGCAUCACCACUAUGGACAAUGUGAAAAACACAUGCUUACACUGUGGUUCAUUUACAAAUCAUUUCUCUUUUAUCACACUUUUCUUGUUGUUCAGUGUCAAAGAAAAUGAAAAAUACCGUGCUUAUACAUAUUAUAUUCUUUAUAUAUCUACGUGGAUCUUGGCACUUGAAUGUCACAGCUUUUGUAACAUACAUGACACAGUGUGUGUACUGUGUAUAUCUAGCAAAUAGAUAUAUAGUAUAUGACAGACUACCUCCAGGUUUGAGAGUGUAAUCCACCUCUUAACAGAGACUGUGAGAAACGUUACUAUGGGAUAUCCUUGGUAAACACUGCAUCUCAGUGAACAACCAACAUUUACUUUAACCUCAUUGAUUUCCCUCACUUUAUUGUGUGCCAAUCAUAAAAGAGGAGAUGAAAGCCGGUACAGGGAACAUCCACUAAAAUGGGCUUUUACCUUUUUUUUUUACAAUUUUUCUAAGUUAGAAGGAUAACGCAGGACAAAGCACAUCAUUACCCUUGUGAUUUUCCAAGCUGCUCAAAACACUUAGAUCAAACAAGAUUCUGUUGAAAUCACAGCAGAAGAGCACAUACAAAAAUCACCACAUGUGUGCCGCAGAUGUAACCAGCCCCGCAUACCAAUGUCAAUUUUUUUGCAUGACAUUUAUUGACUGUGUGGUACAUCAUUAGUUUAAUGGGGGUACUUUCUUUUUUGCCCUCAGGUAAGAAUGUAAAUAUAGAGAACAGCAACGCAUAGAUUCUAGACUCAGGAAUCAGAAAAAGGGUAUUUCUCAAGCACAACGUAUGGCACUUAAUGAGCAUUCUGGUUUAUAUAUGUCGCAGAAGAAAAUGUGAAACAAUUCAGGGUGUAUUCCCAGUUUGUGACUCCAUAAUGGUGGCUUCACACUCUACCUGAUCAGGGAUGCAGGUUUUGUAGACCCUCACCUCUGAUUUCCCCUGUGACGCAGAGGGGAGAAUUUUAUUGCAGGGAUGAAUAGAAAAUGUAAUCAAUAUUCAGCAAAUCCUGAUUUUUGUCUGAGCAGAACUAAAAACACCAUCACCAGUCCCCUCUUACUCAUGACAUCUGUUGAUUUCCAAUCAAAGCUGUUGUGUAUCUGUGCUGUGUGUAGGUAUAUGUGUAAAUGUGCACAAGUGGGUUGUUCUCACUCUCAGCAUGUACCAGUUAACUCCUCUAGAGAUCUAUUUUUCCUGAGUGAUUUUACUGAUUGUAUUUUGUGUUGUGUAACUUCUUGCUUGUCUCCUUGCCUUAAAUAUAUUGCACUGUGAUGUAAAGAUCAAACAAAAAUGUAAUCAGUCUUUAUUUGUUGCUAUUUUCAAUAUUGCCUUAUUUAUUGAUGCCUUUUUUUUUUACUCAAAGUGCAUAUCGAGCUCAUAGAAAACAAGGAAACGGAUGCCAAUAGGUGUCCCAUUAUCUGUUAAAAGCUUCGCCUGGAAUUUGAUUCAUGUGUGCUGAACUGAAGCUGUUUGUUUGACCAAUGCAUCCUCUGUUUUCACAGAACCCCGCUGCAAAGAAACUAAAU